GCGUCAAAAGUAGCGGAUCAAACAACGCUUCCAAAGUAUCUACUACCAUUCUGUAACAGCUUAACAAAAAGUAAUAGUUCUUUAUGUAGAACAAUUUAAACUGUAAAAGAUAUACUUUUGAAUGUGAAUUUUAGAUAUUUAUCUACAUUUGGAAAAGUUAUCCGGAAUAUCAGAUACUUUUGGCGCGUUGUUUCAUCCGCUACUAUUGAUGCUGACUGUAUUACCGUACAGAAAUGACAUUUCCCACAAAACCGAAGUUUGACAGCGAUUAAGGGACAAUCCCUUUCGGCUAUUUAGGGUUGUCAAAAUUCAAGUCAUUAUCUUAUCUGUGGUUGUGCACGCAAAGGGACGUCAAGUUGUGCCAAACCUAAUUAUUACUCAGAGCAAUGCUGAGCCGAACGGCGGAGCCGAGAAUACCCGAACGCUCUAGUGUCUCCCCACUGCCAUUAUCGAAAUAAUACUCGUCUAAAGAAGGAGGAAGUGAACGAGAUUGACAUUCAAAUAAACUAGAAAAGCAAGCUAAUUAAAUAUCGAGCUAAAUACAAAAUAGGUUAAUAAAUCAUUAUUGCAACGUGACUGAAAAAAUACAUAUUUACUUAUAUAUAACGAGUAAUAUAUAUACGAGUAUUAUACUAUAAAUACACAGUUCAAAAUAUCUUAAUGACAUUAUUGGCUGGAUGUUAACUUGGGUAUAAAGUCUAAUAUUAUAAUGUAGUAAUUAUGUGGAUGGCAUUAUUACUGGGAAGCUCUAAUGUGGUCCCAGUCCAGUGCGGCGGCCCUCAGUCGGUGAGCCGCCGUCGGCAUCCACGUACCUAUCUCCCGCUUUAAGGGAACCGUUUCUUCGGAAAACUCGCGCACCCGCGUUCCAAUGCCUCCCAAACUCUUCAAACAAUGUCAAAAGCAAUAAACAUCGAAUUUAUAAUAAUCUUAAUAACGACACAGUGCGUCAAUCUAAAUACCGUGCCCGAAACCAAAGAAAAAAAACUUCUAAUAAGUGAACAAAGUGAAAAUUCGAGUGCAAUUGUCGAACUCGAAAACAAACAGUGCAAUUACUUUGGUGAUUUUUUCCUGUGUUCGUUGGACCAUUUGAAACAGUGGAAAAAGCGUAGAAGAUGGUGUUAUGUUUUUAAGUACAACAAAGAUUUAUUUGUGCGGAGUAAAAGAAGCUCGGAACCGAGAAAUCCGGUCAGGCGACUGGGGCUGUCGGAGUCUUCUGUCACUGAUGAAAAUACUCUGAUAGAGGAUUUUAAAAGGCGAUGGCCCGUGGAGCUGUGGCGGAACUAUUUGUUCACGGAUGACUACUUGCUGCUUAUCAACAGCCACUGGUUGCACUUCGCCCCGCCAGACCCGUCUUCGAACUAUAUCCUCGGCAUACUUUACAUUGCCAUGAUGCUGGUGGGAACUACUGGAAAUGCUCUCGUGCUCCUAAUGUAUUUUAGAUGCCGCACGCUGCGCACUCCAGGCAACAUCCUGGUGGCCAACCUGGCGCUGAGCGACUUCUGCAUGCUGGCUAAGACACCGGUCUUCAUAUUCAACUCGUUCAAUCUGGGACCGGCUUUGGGGAAAACUGGAUGUGUGAUCUACGGGUUCGUCGGCGGGCUGACGGGCACCACGUCGAUAGCGACUCUGGCCGCCAUCGCACUGGACCGCUACUGGGCCGUGGUACGCCCGCUGGAGCCGCUGCGCGCGCUCACCGCCGUGCGCGCGCGCCUGUUCGCCGUCGGCGCCUGGCUCUACGCCGGCGUCUUCGCCUCCAUCCCCGCCCUGGACAUCGGCUACGGCCGCUACGUCCCUGAAGGCUACCUCACCAGCUGCAGCUUCGACUACCUGACAGAUGAACUCCCACCCCGUUACUUUAUCUUCACUUUCUUCUGCGCCGCUUGGGUCGCACCCUUCUUCACCAUCACAUUCUGUUACCUCAACAUACUCCGCGUUGUCGUCUGUAACAGGAACGUUCAAACCAAAAACCAAGAACAACGGCUCUCCUCCAGACACGUCAAAGAACAAGUCAAACGUAAAGCUGAAAUCAAGCUAGCGGCUCUAGUCAUAAUUGUAAUUGCAUUGUUCUUCGUGUCUUGGACCCCCUACGCGAUCGUAGCGCUCAUGGGCAUUUUCGGUAAGAAGGAUUUAAUUACGCCCAUAGUUUCAAUGAUUCCGGCAUUGUUCUGUAAGACCGCCGCGUGUAUAAACCCUUUCAUUUACAUAAUCACCCACCCAAAGUUCCGGAAGGAAUUUAGGAAGUUACUAUUCAGAGACAAAUCUAGGCGAAUGAGUACUUACACUAAAACAAUCGGUUAUACAGAGGCUGAGGCUUCAAAAAUGAGGCGGACGAGUAAAGAACUUAGCGACACGGACGUGGAAGUGGUCCAGAUGAAGGAUAUUCCAUAUGAUACAGAGGAAAGUGCUAAACCCCCUCCCAGCACCGUGAAGACGAUUUCCUCCAGGGUUUCGGAAAGGGAAGGCUCCCAGAGAAGUGCUAGUAUGAAGAGUUUUGAAGACAGUGUCGUAAGCCCACCAUCUUGGUACGCUAAACCGAAGUUUGCGAAAAAGAAGAGUUUCCACCGCCGAUCCUCGAAGAGUGUUGUAUCUAUGAAUACAGAGCCUAUUGUUUUGUAACUGAGUGAUUUACAUUUCUUAAAUCAUUCACUAUUUGAUGUUCAGAAAUCAAACACGAGACACAGUGUAACGAGUAAACUUUUUACUAAGAAUGUUCACUUACAAGUUAUUUGUAAGUUUUGUUUGAAUACUUUCCAAUACAUUAGAGAAUAACGUUUAUUUUAAAUGGCAGUGAAAUUAUGAAAUUAAUCUAGCAGCACUCAACUGAAUGGGGUGGAUCUUAGUAAAUGCCCACUAACACAUAUUUCAUUUGCUGUUGACAAGUCGUUAUGUAAAGAAUGGUUUUAUUAAUAGGUAUGUUUAGCUUAUGUCAGAUAGUCAUAAAUAAAAAGCACUAUAUCACUAUUAUUUAAGCUACCUUAAAUUAUAGCAGAUCUUUUUAACAUGUAGUUUUAGAAAGUAGGAUGUUAAGAUUGAACAAUGUGAUAUAUAUACUGUACGACUGUUAAGAUGUUCAUAGGUAGACUUGAAUGAGAAAUACACGUUUUGACUGCAAAAUACUGUCGUAAGUAAUCAUAAAAUAUUGUGUCCCUUAAAAAGUUAUACCUACAUCAUUCUCGUCAAGUAAAACGCCAUGCCAGAAUAUAGGUGCGGUUUUGCAGGAAAUAAAGUGACAUGUGUUAAUAUUGACAGUGUGAUGUGACUCGCAGAAUUGUAUUGGACGGAUCCAAAAGGGUUGUAGGUAUCCUUUGUCACUUUCACAAUUCAAAUGUCACAUCAAAGAAGUAGAAAUAGUGAGCUUACCCUCAAAUCGUAUUUAUUCAUACAGAAAACUAUAAGCGCUGUAUUAUAAUAGAAUAAAACCCUUUCUUUAUUGACAGUUUGAGUAAGAUUUUGUAAUACUUAGGUACAUAUACAGAGUGUUUAUUUUCAUUCUUUAGCCAUAUAUUGCGAGAUGAAUUCAUUCUCUAAAGGUUAUAGAGGUCACAUUGAGUAAUUUUUACUCUGGAACAAGCCACACAAUUAUGAAAAAGCGGCCAAGUGCGAGUCGGACUCGCCCAUGAAGGGUUCCGUACCAUUUAUGACGUAUUAAAAAAACUACUUACUAGAUCUGGUUCAAACCAAUUUUCGGUGGAAGUUUGCAUGGUAAUGUAUAUCAUAUUUUUUUUUUGAUUUUUCAUUCUGUUAUUUUAGAAGUUACAGAGGGGGGGGGGACACACUUUUUUUCACUUUGGAAGUGUCUCUCGCGCAAACUAUUCAGUUUAGAAAAAAAUUAUAUUAGAAACCUAAAUAUCAUUUUUGAAGACCUAUCCGUAGAUACCCCACACGUAGGGGUUUGAUGAAAAAAAAAAAUUUUUUUUAAUUUUAUGACGUAUUAAAAAAACUAAUUACUAGAUCUCGUUCAAACCAAUUUUCGGUGGAAGUUUGCAUGGUAAUGUAUAUCAUAUAUUUUUUUUAGAUUUUUCAUUCUGUUAUUUUAGAAGUUACAGGGGGGGGGGGACACUUUUUUUCACUUUGGAAGUGUCUCUCGCGCAAACUAUUCAGUUUAGAAAAAAAUGAUAUUAGAAACCUCAAUAUCAUUUUUAAAGACCUAUCCAUAGAUACCCCACACGUAUGGGUUUGACGAAAAAAGAUUUUUUGAGUUUCAGUUCUAAGUAUGAGGAACCCCCAAAUUUUUUUGAUUUUUUCUAUUUUUAUGUAAACAUCUUAAUGCGGUUCAUAGAAUACAUCUGCUUACCAAGUUUGAACAGUAUAGCUCUUAUAGUUUCGGAAAAAAGUGGCUGUGACAUAAUCGGACAGACAGACGGACAUGACGAAUCUAUAAGGGUUCCGUUUUUUGCCAUUUGGCUACGGAACCCUAAAAAAGAAUAGCUUUUGUAAAAUGUAUUCAGUUUGAUAUUCUAUGGGAAAGCCAAUUUUUUUCAUGAUUUCGGUGUUGGUCCCAUAUUAAAAGCUCAUUGCUCAUUGUGAUCUAUAUUAUCAUAUUCACCAAAAAUGUGGGUAGGCCCUCAACACAGCGUAAGCGUAAGAGACGCGUAAGCGUAUCGUAAUACGCGCGUAGAACUAGAGCGCUGCGAGCUCUAGCAACUUCAAACAAGUCCGCACACGAAGCGUCGUCCUAGCGUAGCGUAGCGUAUGUAACACGUGUAAAAAACAAAACUUCUGACAUAAUCAAACAAUAAAAACUCUUCAUCUGACGAGAAAGUAAGAUCGUAGAUACAUCCGUCGAAGAAAUCUGACGCCAGCGACAUGAUUUCAACUAAUGAGAUAUUAGUUAUAAAACGAUCACGCUUACCUACACGACGCUUGGUACUCGUAACGUUUUUACGAUACACUUACGCGACUCUUGCGCUUACGCUCCGUGUACAGAGGGCCUUAAAAAGCACCCCAUAUAUCUACAGUCUAGAAGUAGAACACUAAACGAACUUCACGAUAUAGUCACUUAAGUAAAUCACUUACAACAUAUUCACGUUAAAUGUAACGAACUCGAGCGCUUCUAACCGAACCGCUGACACGUAAGUACAGAACGAGCCAAUUUAAAGGUGCCCGUAAACGGCAGCACUGUGCUUCGAUAGUACUCAAGUGGCAUGAAAAUGUGAAGCAUUCCCAUUUCUUCAAGCGGAAUAAUUGAGAAGCAAUUGUAUUAUCGAGAACUAUAAAGACAUUUAAGUAGGUACCGUUUGCGCAACGAGACACGAGCUAGGUAUUCGAACUUUAAAUAGUUGUUUGUUUUACUGCGCAAAGUUGUUGUUUAUUGAUCCCUCUCUUUCUAUUUAUUGUGAUAUUGAUACCCAUAGAUGGUAGGAUCCUAUAGGUGUGCUAUACCACGUGCGCCCGUGAGUUACAGAACAUACGUAAUGCGACAAAAUUAAAAACACGUUUUUAUAUUGCUGACACCAUACCAAAAACAACCUACGUAAUUUGGUCAGGUUAUUUGUUGCCCACCAUAAACCAUACUAAAAUUUACGGUGAGGAAUAAUAAAAAAUGAGACUGUAACAAGGACAAACAAUAAUAGCGCUUUCUCUGCUACUACUCAAAGAUACAUAAGACUAUCCCGUUCGGUCAUUUCCCCCCACCGCUCAUGCCUCAUCCAGUCAUACUAGAUUCAUGUUUAUACUUGACUAAGCAAGCAAAAUUUUCCAAAAUUUAACCACAAGCAAGCUAACGUGGAUGCGCUAUAAUUAUCUAUGCAUAUUGUGAAAUCAAGCGGAAAGAUGAUUUUUAGGCUAAUACGGUUUUGAAUUGGCUCCCUUGGGGUAUAGAACCCUAAAGGUCUUCGCACACUAUACCAAUUCCACACCAACUUAACUCAGUUUUGGUUCACCUUAGUGGACGACGAGUGGACGACGCGUAGACCAACCGACAGUUACCUAAAUUUUAAACAUUGUACUAUAGGACAUACAAGAUAAGGCUUUAAUUUCAAUAUUUAAUUUUGAGUCGAGUGGCUGUUGAGUUGUAACAAUGUGCUAAGACCUUAAAACCUACCUAUUUCUAGGACGACCUGACCAACAUCUAGCCUAGUGGGUAGUGACCCUGCCUAUGAAGCCGAUGGUCCCGGUUUCAAAUCCUGGUAAGGGCAUUAAUUCGUGUGAUGAGCACGGAUAUUUGUUCCCGAGCCAUGGGUGUGUUUCUAAGUAUUUAAGUAUUUAUACAUAUUCAUAUAUUAUAUAUAUCGUUGUCUAAGUACCCUCAACACAAGCCUUAUUGAGCUUACUGUAGGACUUAGUCAAUUUGUGUAAUAAUGUCCUAUAAUAUUUAUUUCUUAUUAAUAUUUAUUUAAUUUUUGACAGCUAAUUUAGUUGUAUCGUUAGUACCUAGGUAUUUAUGACGAAUUUGUAGUACCUAAUUGUUGUACAUUUCUUAAUAGCUCUUUUACUAAUCAUAAUUCUAGUUAAUUACACUAACUAACUAACGGACAAUGACAAAUGCUCUUAUUAAAGCAAAACUCUCAGAAAGUCUUGUCUUUAUAAUUAUUGCGUUAAAUCCGGUGAAGUUAAUUAGAACAUUUUAAGCCAACUGCCGUGUUGGAAUCCGUACAAGUUUUACCAGACAUGACUGAUAUUUAUUUAAUUACCUAACUUAAGGUUAGGUUUGGGUUACUUAAUUACUUUCAUAUCGGAAACUGCCAUUUAUUAUAGAAUUCCAUUUAUUUAGAGAGAAUCUCAAAGCUUUCGAAGGUUCAAACCAUUUUUUUUAUGGAAUACACAAAAAAGUACGAAUGUUACGUGCCGUUGCACCUUUGGACCACUCUACUGUAAAAUCUCGAUUUUGAACCUGCCUCAGUAUACUUAGAAGGUAUCGAUAGUAAACACCCCUAUGAUGGGACUGUCACCUGUCACUAUGCCCGUCACUUUCGCACUUAAAUUUCGCACGAAAUUAUACAGAAUGUCAGAGAAAUAUCAAAAAUACUCUAAAUUUUCUCGAACAGAUAAGGUCACAAUAAUACUUAUCAGAUUACUGCUUUGAAAUACUUCAGUAUGAGAUUUUUGAGUUUCCAAAACGUCACGCUUGGCGCGCUGUUCAAAAUCCCAUACAAAAUGAGACUUAACGCAAACGCGUACGUCACGUUUCGCUAUCGAAUAAAUUUACACCAGGGGUACUGAUGUAAGUAAUUAGGUAACUAUAAUCGAGUUCACAAACAUAUUUCCAAACAAACAUUCCAAAAAUAUAUUUACACGUCUCUAAGACAUAACAAUAAGGUCGUGUACCUACAUAUAUUUUACUACACGUCGACUGUAAUGGUUGAAUUAAGGUAUCGUAUACCAAGCUACAAUUGCGUACUUUUCAUGUAUGGGCUCCCAACUAGAGAUAAAGAUAGUUAAUUUUCAAGUAGACUUUAAAUAAAACUACGCCGGUUAGGGGUUAGGGCCCUGACCCAAGGAGAUUGAAAUCCCUUCUAAAUUGUAGGAGAGUAUCCCAAUAUGAUACCGGCAAGUAACUCGGCAACUCAACUAUAAUAUUCAUUUCGAUACGCUGUAGUCAACUAUAAAUAUUAUUUCGGAACGUGGUUGGUUGUAAAUAUGUUAAUGAACUCGACCGUACCUCAGCUCUGUGGUCUUAUGCCAGAUAGACGCUAAAAUGGCUGUUCAAUUGCCCAAUUUACUAUCCAAUCAUCCUGCUUUUGUGCAAAUACUGUCGGUGGAUAAAGGUCGGUCGGACAAAUUAGGGCAAUCGAACUGACACAGUAUCUCGGAUAUUAAAUAUAUUUGGGUGAUACUAUAAUAAUUCAAAUUCUGAUGUUUUUGUAUCAAAUUCCACAAAUACAUUAGUCAUUUAUAAACAAAUACUUAUAAAUAUAGUUUAUGUACCUAUUAUACUAGUUACUUGUGUUGUGUCGUUACUUUGUCGCCUGUUGUUACCUGGUUCUAUUUUCCUUUAAAAUUUAUUUAUAGUUUUACACGUAUGUAAAAUGUACAUAUAAAUUGUUGGUGCAAUAAAGAAUAUUUACUUACUUGAAACAAUACAAUAUUAUGGAUUUCAUUGUUUUAUACGAUUCAAAUACCAUAUAUUGUUCCAACACGAAAUAAUACACAUUUAAUUUAUACAACCAUUUAGACUCUACUGAAUAGGUCUAAAAUCAUCUCACACUGUUAUCUUCAUACACAUAUAUUUGUAUUUGACAUACAUAUAUUUAGAAUAGUAGAUAAAUAAAAUAGCGCGUGGUUAUAUUUAUCGAAAGUCACAAUAAAGUACCUACCUUUGCCGUAGAAUUAUUUAUAAUCUAGUCAAGGUAAAACUACUAAAAAUAUCAACACAUCAACGUUCAAAAUUUCAAAUGUACUCGUCUAUGUAAAUUAAAAACGGAUUAGAAACUGCCUCAUUAUUUAGUGUUUGUAUAUUUAAGCACCUAUUUAUUUGUAUGUCUUUCUUUCCCAUCACGGAACAAUGGUAUUCCAGACAUUUAGGAGGCGUGCGCGGAGCCGAAGCCAACACGUAGAGAAAUGAAAUGAAAUGUAAGGGCUACACUGAGCGGAUGCUGCCUUUACCCGAGUCAUGGGACGCACGCAAAGGCAGCAUCCGCUAGGGUGCAAGGACUAUUGAGAUGAGAGUUGAUGGAAUCUAAAAUGAUCUGGGCUAUUGUGUGAAAGCGAUUUAUUAUUGUUCGCCAAGAAUCUUGUUUUGUCCCAUCAUCCAGAAGAUCACUGUCAAAAGCUUUAGUAGCAAUCGCAUAUGGGUAAAAUGUUGGUUUUGUUUCUCAUCAUUUUUACGUUUUUUUUUUCUAUCUUUCUGGUCAUCGCUCGUCCAUCGCUCAGGCACGGACCAGUGUGUAACCGAGUUCUAAAAAUAUCUUUUGUGUACGGAACUAGCCAAGUACUUAACCGCUUAGUGUAAGGCCUGAGUGUACGCUUGAAGCGGAGCGUUCGGCGGGGCGUGCAGCGUGGCGAGUGAUUUGAGCAGCGUGCACUAAGGCCGCUCCUAUACGUUUGCAUUUGUUUAACAUGCACCCCGCACGCCCCGUCCAAUUCGAGCACCCACUCAGGCCUUACACUUACAGAGGUUUCCUCAAAGUCAACAGAAACGCUCCAGGGUAUACAAUCUGUCGCUUGAUGUUGCUAAUAACAGUAAUAAUCAAAGAUAAAUACAAGAAGAUUAGUAACGGACGGUCCUUAAAUUAAUAGCUUGUAACUCACGCGGGAUUUACUUCAAUUUCUUUGAUAAUAGAAGGCCUGGCGAACAUUGAAUCAAAAAUGGAAAUUUCUUUAUCUGUCUCUCUACUCUUGCGUAUUCCAGCGAUAGAGAGGCAGAUAGCGAAAUUUCGAUUUACGCGGAUUCCGAUUCACACCUUGUUUAUAAAAUUAAUAAAAUAGCGCAAAAAGACCGCCUAUUGUCUGCCUAAUCAAUAUCUUUUAAUGAGGUGUGCCAAUAAAGAGUAUUCUAUAUAUCUAUGUUUGUGUCACUUUUAUUUCAUUUUGUAGUAGAAAGAAGUGUAACACGAAUAUUUUGAGCCAAUUACGCCAUGUCUGUUCCUAGAAUACUUUAGAAUUAGAUCAUAAGAUUUCACUAUAUGUUGAUGUAAUUUAUUCACUGAAUUGUAAAUAAAAUUGCGUAGCUUACUUGAGUAUCUACGGUAUUUUUAUAUUACACUAUAUGUAUUCACUUGUACUAUAUUCAAAUGAUAGGUAUAAUUUAUUUUCACCGACGUAGAAACCUAGGGUACCUAAUCGUUAUGCUCAAGAUGAGCAUAAAUAACUUCUGUGAAAAUAAGUGGAAUUCUCGAUGUCAAACAUAUAGUCAUUAAAUGUCUUGGUAGAAAACUACCUAUGGAGCUUAAUAAAAUUGUUUGAAUGUUAA